GGUGAGUGGAGAAGCAGAGCAGUCAGCUGUUCUACAGACGUCUGGGGAACAAUGGAUUUUCUCGCUGUUCUUCUGCUGAGCUUGGCUGUCUCUCCUGUAUCAUCUCUGCCCAAUCAGCUGCCAACAAUAAUAGAAGGCAAAGGAAGAAAGACCAUCCCUGAAAUAAACCAAGGUUUAAACCUUGUGGAAGGAGACAUCAAGCAGAUCAAUCGAGGAGUUCAGAAGAGUGUAAUUUUGGGGCAACAGUACCGAUGGACAGACAAACGCAUCCCCUAUGUGUUCAAUGGAAGUCUUAGCAUAAACGACAGAGGAGUUAUUUUAAGAGCCUUUGAGCAGAUGAGACUGAAAUCCUGCAUUGAAUUUGUCCCCCGAACUACAGAAGAAGACUACGUCUCUAUCGAAUCACAAGACGGGUGCUGGUCAGACAUUGGGAUGAGAGGUGGAAUGCAGACGCUCUCAAUUGGAGACGGGUGUGCGUUCCUCUCCACCGUGGAGCACGAGUUUCUUCACUGUCUGGGAUUUAAUCACGAGCAGAGCCGAUAUGAUCGGGACGACUACGUGGAAAUCAUUACUGAAAACAUCAUUGCAGCCCAGUUGCACAACUUCGACAAGAAGAGCGAGCAAUCCAGCACCACACAGGGAACCCCUUAUGACUACACGUCUGUGAUGCACUACGGACAAGACGCUUUCACCAACGGCAACGGAAACACCAUCCACACCCGAGUCCCGAGGUUCCAGAAUGUGAUUGGUCAGGAGUACGACUUGAGCCCUUGGGAUUCUUAUGAACUAAGCAAGCUCUACAACUGCAAUAAAUCCAUUUCCUAUCUGGACGGCUGCAGUUUUGAUGGGUAUAACAGCAUGUGUGGGAUGACUGCGUGCGACAGCAAAUGGAGCGUGCGCUCAUUUGUUUACACAGGACCCGACAGUGACCACACCGGCCUGCCAUCUCUAGGUGUUCCUGCCGUGUCUAUGAACGACACUUCAUCAGUGCCAGGUUACUUUGCGCACUACAGUACGAUGUAUGAAUCUGAAGGAGCGUCAGCUGUUCUGCAGAGUAAAGAGAUGACCCGGAGGAGAGCAUGCAACAUCCAGUGCCUGGAGUUCUUCUACUAUCACAGCGGCGCUCAGACUGACCAGCUCAACAUCUGGAUCAGGGAGUACGUGAACAACACGGACGUGAUCGGAACCGUCAGACAUAUGAACCAGAUUACAGGUCCUGCCACUAAUCGCUGGCUGCUCCACUAUGUGCCUCUGGAUGCGAGCGGAGCGUUCUCGGUGGAAUUCGAGGGCCGUAAGGGAGCCGGAUCCUCCUCUGGAGGUUUCUCCGUGGACGAUAUCAACUUCUUAGAGUCGGAGUGUCCUCAUAACGUGUGGCAGAUCAGGAAUUUCAUGGAAGCAGUGAACUCCACGUCGGACGGACACAUGUACAGCCCGCUGUUUUACUCUCCUGAGGGCUACCGCUAUCAGGCAGUGCUGCAGCUGAGUGAGGAGAUCAUCAGCGUCUCUGUGAGGCUGGUCUCUGGUCUGUAUGAUGAGCUUCUGCCGUGGCCGUGCCCGUGGAGACAAGUGACGUUCGUGCUGCUGGACCAGAACCCCGACGUCCGACAGCGCAUGUCAAGCCAAGACAGCAUCACCACUGACCCGAAAGAAGUGUUCGGGGAUAAUUACCUGUGGAACAAACCCAGUGUAGUUGGAACUCCAUACAUCACUGCUGAUAAAGAAGUUGUAAACGUCACUGCGUCAAAGUCUUUUAACAUAAAGCUGAAUAAGAUACGCCUCAACGACAGGGAGUUUGUCAAAGGUGGUGAUCUCAUCCUUCUCUUCAGCAUGCAAGAUAUCUCAGGACUGCUCUUAAGUGACUCUUUGCCCUGCCCCGUUCUAAUCUCGAAGGGUGACUACGUACCUCCUUAUAAGGGCGCUGAAGAUGCUCCCUGUUCUCAACGGCAAAUUCCCACACCUGAGCCAACUGAAAGCGAGUGCUUGGACAUCUUCUGUUCCAGUGCUAACAUCAUUCACCCGUCAGUCGCCCUCCUGCUGGCGCUGAUCCUGCUGCUCGUGAACUAGCAGCACAGUCUGCACAGUCAUUACAAACCUAUCUCUCAGAAACAAGACACCAAUCACCAAUCACUCUGAUUAAUAAUAAAAUUCUGAUUGAUUUUGUGACCUUUUUAAAAUGGGAACUUAAUACUAAAGCACUAUUGAAGCACUAUUAUAGAUAGAUAGAUAGAUAGAUAGAUAGAUAGAUAGAUAGAUAGAUAGAUAGAUAGAUAGAUAGAUAGAUAGAUAGAUAGAUAGAUAGAUAGAUAGAUAGAUAGAUAGAUAGAUAGAUAGAUAGAUAGAUAGAUAGAUAGAUAGAUAGAUAGAUAGAUAGACAAAUUUUAUCAAUAUAUUUUAUUUUUAUUAAAUAAAGACUGUAAUCCUGGGUUCCGAGGUUUAAAAAAUUCUCUUUUUAAUUUUUACAGGUUAUUAAAUACAUAUAUAAUAAUAUAUUAUUGUCAUUAAUUAUUAUUCUGGAAGUGAAGAUUUAAAAUAAAAAAUUAAAGUGCCUCUAUUAACAUA